GUGGCUGGAGCCGAGGAUGGAGCAAAGACUGUGAAGCAAACACAAAUCAUUUCUUCACAGGAAAAGCAGUGCUACACCCGAGAAGAACAGAGUAAACACAUCGAAUACCCGAAGACGGACAAAUCUGUGUCCUAGAGGACGAAAACGAGAAGCGAUCAACCUGGUUUCGAUGCCGCUGUGUUUGCAUGUUUCACCAGAUGGACGGGUAGAGGCGCUUCUCAUUCAUCGUGCCUUUUCUCCUUUCUUUUCUUUGUGGGGUUUUUUUUUAAUGCACAUAUUCCCUGACGUGGAUGUGUGAUAAGAUCGAGAUCUGUGGUAGUGAUGUGCAGUAUGCAUGCAGUGAACUCUGUGUACCUGCACGCAGCACAUAGAUGUAUGUGGCUUGGCUGCUUGAGGACUUCUUUACUGGGUUUUUAAACCAACGGAGGAUCAUCGCGACAGAAGCAUCUAAAAUGGUGAUCUAAUUUAAUUUUAGUGAAAAUGUUUUUUGUCUUGGGCCGUGGAUCACCGGCUGUUCGGGAGUGAAGAUGGGCGCAAACUUUGUUUUAUCUAAUCUUCGCCUCGAUAAGCCUCGGUGUGACAGUCUGAGGGGUUUCUUCUCUAUCUCCCAGCUGGACUUAAGUUCAUGCGGAGCACGCUGAUCCCACCGUGAAGCCUCUUGCUUAUUCAGCACUUCGCAGAGGAGCCUAGUCAGUACUCUCUGUCAGUCUCAGCCAGCAUGGGAUGUCGGCUGGGGUCGAGCACAGGAGCGGCACUUUUUAUAUUUUGGUCAAACCCCGGUGUAGUUUUUUGCUUGUAGCACGUGACGGUAAACGUAUAUGCGUAUUUAUAUAUAGGAUUUAUGGUAUUUCUCAUACUGACCUUAACAGGGCCGCCUAAUCUCCGGAACAUCAUCUGCUUUUCUCUGAAAAGUGAUGUUGACACCUACCGACACUCCGUCGGGCGUUUCGGCUUAUUAGCGUUCAAUUAUCACGUCUUGCUGGCUCGCUGAAAGCCACGCGAGAGUGGACCCUCUUCUCGCCCCGUCACCUGGAGACCAGGGAGCCACGAGACCAACCGACAGGUGUGACACCCCCUCCGACACGCGCUAUGGAUGAUUCAGGGAUCAUCCGAAGACGGAGGCUGCAGAAGGAUCUACCUCUGCCCCGAAAAAGUAGUGGUUGCAGAACCAGUAACCGGAAAAGCCUCAUCCUGACCAGUACCUCCCCCACCCUGCCACGGCCGCACUCACCACUGCCCGGACACAUAGGAAGCAGUCCGUUGGACAGCCCGCGCAACUUCUCACCAAGCGGACCUGCCCACUUCUCCUUUGCCUCUUCUCGAAGGGCCGAUGGUCGCAGAUGGUCUUUGGCUUCUUUGCCUUCCUCAGGAUAUGGCACCAACACACCCAGCUCAACGUCAUCCAGUUCAUCCCAGGAGCGUCUGCACCAGCUGCCCUUCCAGCCAACCAUGGAUGAGCUGCACUUCCUGUCCAAGCACUUUGGCAGCACAGAGAGCAUCACAGACGACGACGGCGGGCGCCGCUCGCCGCACGUCCGUCCUCGCUCCCGAAGCCUCAGCCCGGGGCGCUCACCAUCCUGCUAUGACAAUGAAAUAGUGAUGAUGAACCAUGUCUACAAGGAGCGCUUCCCCAAGGCCACAGCUCAGAUGGAAGAGAGGCUGGCAGACUUCAUCCAGAACUACUCCCCAGAGAGUGUUCUGCCACUGGCCGACGGGGUUCUCAGCUUCAUCCACCACCAGAUAACCGAGCUGGCCAGAGACUGCCUGACCAAAUCACGCGAGGGCGUCAUCACCAGCGUUUACUUCUGUGAACUGCAGGAGAAUCUGGAGAAGAUGCUGCACGACGCCUACAAGCGCUCGGAGAGCUCGGAGCUCACCUUCGUCAUCGAGCUUGUCAAAAAGCUCUUCAUCAUCAUAUCUCGCCCUGCCAGGCUGCUGGAGUGCUUGGAGUUCAACCCAGAAGAGUUUUAUCAUUUACUCGAAGCAGCAGAGGACCACGCCAAGGAGGGACAGCUGAUGAAGGCAGACAUCCCUCGAUAUAUUAUCAGUCAGUUGGGACUGACCAGGGAUCCACUGGAGGAAAUCGUGGGCUUUGACAGCUACGACAGUGAGGGUCCGCACACUCCAGAGACCGAUGACUCAGCAGAGGGAAAAGGGAGAGCCAUCAAGCCACCAACUGAGGAAGACUUUCAGACCAUAAAACUGAUCAGCAAUGGAGCUUAUGGCGCCGUCUACCUGGUGCGCCACAGGGAGACACGUCAGCGUUUCGCCAUGAAGAAGAUCAACAAGCAGAAUCUGAUCCUGAGGAACCAGAUCCAGCAGGCGUUUGUGGAGAGGGACAUACUCACAUUUGCGGAGAACCCCUUCGUCGUCUCCAUGUUCUGCUCCUUCGAAACGCGACGACACCUCUGCAUGGUCAUGGAGUACGUUGAAGGUGGGGACUGUGCCACUUUGCUGAAGAACAUCGGGGCUCUGCCUGUUGAGCUUGCGAGGAUGUACUUUGCUGAAACUGUAUUAGCCCUGGAGUAUCUGCACAACUAUGGGAUCGUCCACAGAGACCUCAAACCCGACAAUCUCCUGAUUACUUCCAUGGGCCACAUUAAGCUGACUGACUUUGGCUUGUCGAAGAUGGGCCUAAUGAGCCUCACCACCAACCUGUAUGAGGGUCACAUUGAGAAAGAUGCCAGGGAGUUUCUGGACAAGCAGGUCUGCGGUACUCCAGAGUACAUCGCUCCAGAAGUGAUUCUCCGCCAAGGCUACGGGAAGCCGGUGGACUGGUGGGCCAUGGGGAUCAUCCUCUAUGAGUUCUUAGUGGGUUGUGUGCCUUUCUUUGGAGACACUCCUGAGGAGCUGUUUGGACAGGUCAUCACAGAUGACAUAGUUUGGCCAGAUGGUGAUGAAGCCCUCCCUGCAGAUGCCCAGUCCCUCAUCUCUGCCCUGUUACAGACCAACCCUCUUGUGAGGCUCGGUACAGGGGGUGCAUUUGAGGUAAAGCAGCACUCCUUCUUCAGUGAGCUGGACUGGAACAGUUUGCUGAGACAGAAGGCAGAGUUCAUCCCUCACCUGGAGUCAGAGGAGGACACAAGCUACUUUGAUACUCGCUCCGAUCGUUAUCACCACAUCAAUACGUACGACGAAGAUGACACCAAUGACGAUGAGCCAGUGGAGAUCAGACAGUUCUCAUCCUGCUCUCCUCGCUUCAGCAAGGUGUACAGCAGCAUGGAGCAUCUUUCUCAGCUGGAGCAGAAAGCUACGAGCUCCGUGUCCCGUCGGGAGCACAAGGGCCCACGGGAGGACAAGGUAACGAAGAGAGAGAGCCUGGGCAGCUUCAGCAUGAGGGACAAGAGCUGGAGGACUGGAUCCCCUGAGAUGAAGCGCCUGUCCUGUUCAGAGUCCCUGUACACAGAAGGCGAUGCGAGCCCUCCUCUUGGUGCCCGACGACGCUUCUCAGCUCUGAUGGACACGCAUCGUUUUGCCUCACCUCUAGAGGGCGAGUCCGAAUUCCUGUCCCGCCAGAACUACAUGAAGGUCCGUGGCACUUCGUUGGACGGGACUACUGUCCCAUCACCGAGCCUGCUGGAGCAAAGGAACAGUCUGAAGGAGAUCAAUGGGGCAGACAAAUCUCCAAGACCAGGAGAGACACCGGGCAUUACCACAGCCAUCACCACAUUAUCCCCGGGUCCUGCAGCAACCGGCCGGGAUGUGAUGACUCCUCUGUAUGACCCUCUGGGGCCCCGAGCAACAAAUGACUUGGUCCUCCGGAGGGCACGCCAUCAGCAUUUGUCUGGUGAGGGAGAGAAGCGAAACUCCAGAGCAGGCAACAAGGUCAUUAAAUCAGCCUCUGCCACGGCCCUGUCUGUUAUCAUACCAUCAGUGGAGCAGCAUGGCGGCUUCUCCCCGCUGGCCAGUCCCAUGUCGCCCCACUCUUUCUCCUCCAAUCCUUCGUCACGCGACUCUUCACCCAGCAGAGACUUUUUCCCAGCAGUCAGUGUGCUGCGCUCCCCCAUUACCAUCCACCGCUCCGGAAAGAAAUAUGGCUUUACUCUCAGAGCCAUCAGAGUCUACAUUGGAGACAGUGAUAUCUACAGCGUACAUCACAUUGUUUGGCAUGUGGAGGACGGUGGCCCCGCCCAGGAAGCUGGCCUUUGUGCUGGUGACCUCAUCACUCAUGUCAACGGGGAGCCCGUCCACGGUCUGGUCCACACUGAAGUAGUGGAGCUCAUCCUCAAGAGUGGCAACAAGGUGACGGUGACAACCACACCUUUUGAGAACACCUCCAUUAAAGUGGGCCCUGCUCGCAAGGCCAGCUACAAGUGCAAGAUGGCCCGGCGAAACAAGAGGACGAUGGGCAAAGACAGCCAGGACAAUAAGAAGCGUAGCUCCUUGUUCCGCAAGAUCACAAAACAGUCCAAUCUCCUGCACACCAGCCGCAGCUUGUCCUCCCUGAAUCGCUCUCUGUCCUCCAGUGAGAGUCUUCCUGGCUCCCCAACUCACAGCCUGUCUGCACGGUCUCCAACUCAGGGCUAUCGCUCCACCCCUGAGCCCUCAUAUUUGGGUGCGUCCUCUCAGAGCAGCUCUGCAGCAUCCAGCACUCCAAACUCCCCGGCUCCCUCGCAGCACAUGAGACCCAGCUCACUGCACGGCCUCUCCCCGAAACUCCACCGCCAGUAUCGGUCUGCCCGUUGUAAGUCUGCCGGUAAUAUUCCACUGUCCCCGCUGGCUCACACGCCCUCCCCCACCCAGUCUUCACCUCCACCUUUACCAGGUCACACUGUAGGGAGCUCCAACACAACCCAGUCUUUCCCUGCCAAGCUCCACUCUUCCCCGCCGGUGGUACGUCCCAGGCCCAAGAGCGCCGAGCCUCCGCGAUCACCUCUCCUCAAACGUGUGCAGUCAGCAGAGAAGCUAGGCUCGCCUCUAACCCAGUCAAGCUCUACAGGAGGGUUGGGGGGUCCACUGAGGAAACACAGCCUCGAGGUGCAGCACUCUGAGUACCGCAAGGACGCCUUCCUCUGCGAGCUUGGGCUCCAGAGCCUGCUGGAGACAGAAGGGGAAAAUUUGCCUCCUAAUCCUCCCCCUCUACCCUCAUCCUCAACUUCCCCAGAGACCGGUGUGCUGAAGCCAGCGAGGAGACUAGGGAGACAGGAGUCACCACUGAGCAGGGAAACACUACUGGCUGGAAGGGAGAGGGAAGAGAAAGAGAGAGGACCGGAGAGGGAGAAGGAGGCUGGGACAGGAUCGCACUCAUCCUUAGGAAGAAAACCUCAUGCAAGUGAGCAGCCUUUGAACUCACAAAGCUCCGUACUAAGUGCAGGAACUACUAAAGCUAUAACCCCUAGCACGCCUACCAAAACAACAGGGGGUUUAGGCGCUCACAAGGGGCCUGAGAAGCUCACCCAGAGUCAGGCGGACAUCCCUCCAAAACAGCUAGACUCCAAGAUAGCCAAAAGUCUGUUUUCUAAUAGUAAACAUCCACAGGAGCAGCAGCUAGGGGGCAGACCUGAAUCAAAGCAGGAAGGAGACAACAAGAGCAGGUGUGGUCUUCCUGGAGCUGCCUACAGCAAAAGCUCUGCUUCUGCUCCAGAUAAGUCCGCUGGCAUCAACACAACAGUGACAGGAGGUCCUCUGAGCAAAACCUUUAAACCAUCAGGAGUGGGAGACGCCCUGAGAAAGUUGGGGACUGACAGCGUUGACACAAGGACACCAGACCUCAGCUCCAAAAGCCCCAAGCUACCAGCUCGGGUCCUCGCUCCUGUCGUUCCCCCGCAUGGGCAGGCGCUGUCACUGGCCAAAGUGAGGCAGGGACUCGGGGCUGUCAACUGCUACCGGGGAUCACUCGACUGGGAGGACAAAUGUCGUCUGGAGGUGGUGGAGGAGCACUCACCCUCUCCUUCUCCCUCCCCAACCGCGGUAACCCCCUCCCUCUGUGGACCUUCCCUCUGUAAGUCACGGCCUGUCUCCCCUGGUGACAAGACAAGCUUCGUCAGCCAGCUGACCACUGUGGCCAAAAACGUCCUCGGGCCGAUCAAGCUCGGCUCUCAAGAGGGGGCCAAGAGCAAAGAGCAGCAGUCUAAAGCAGCAGAGGAAAAGCAGGGAGGCACAGUGGGAAAGUCUGACUCUCCAGCUGGAGGUCGAGUGGUUGUUGGGGCUGCAGUGGUGACCCAGAGUCCUGCUGCUUCACCGCUAGAGAAGGCAACAGGUAGCAGCCUGCCGAAAAUGUGACCUCAUGGAGUCCCUAAAUGGGACUUUAGUAAAAAGAAAAAGAAAAAAAAAGAAGAUGCCUUUUUUGGUAGAACAAUGCAACAGAAGACUAGCACUUAAAACCAAUGUACAUUCCAGUUUCAGAGUAUAAAAUGUUAUUUAUUGAUUCCAAUCACUGACUGAAUCUAACUUAAAACCAGGAGUAAAAGAUCUACUGUAAAGGUGCAUUAACUGUUGAUUUUCUAUUAUAAAUACUUUAAUAAGAGGACUCUAAAUGUAACGUGAAACACUUUAUCAGAUGUAUAUGUGUGGGUCUGUGUGAAUGCAUGUCACAUGGUUUGUACUGUACAUGUAUAAUAGGUACAAGAUGGUCAAAAAGUGCUUUACAGAUCAAAACAUGCUGAAUACUGUGAAUACCAAAUCCAGUCACUCUAUUUUUUCUUUCAGCCAGCCCUUUUUUUUGUUUGGUUUUUUUACUGCACGUCAACCAAAGCAGUGAAACAGUCAAAUCAAAGUUGACACAUCAAACAGUUACUGAGUAAGAAGAUAAUUGAGCUCUUUAUUCAUCAUCCAGCAGUUUACUUUCCUGAGUUAAACGGUCAGACGAAGCCAAAGCAGGCACUCUGUCAGCGGACGUCACAGCGAGCACAGUCUCGCAAUCUCUGUCGCAGGGGAUUUUGUGUGUGUGUGUGUGUGUGUUUGUGUGUGCAAGCGCAUGUGUGUUUAGCUACCCUGGGACAAUUUCUGGUGGUUCUUGAAGGCCACAGAGGAAAGCAAGAACGUCAGACCUCGGCGCUCGGCGCUUAUCUCUCCUUCACAGGAUGGGCUACCGCAGCCCUUUUCUUCACUCCAUCUCUGGCUGCUGCCACAUUCGCAAACACACACUCACACAUCGCCACAGGAAGUAGCCGUGUCAGCAGCUGAUUUUCAUGCAUUUAAAUCCAUACACCUGUGGUCACACGAAUUAGGACACAAGUGUGUUUAUGAGUGGAUUAAGAAGCGUGUGACCAUGUUUGUGUCUGUUCAAAGACUCGGCCGACUCAGCGAGGGUCAUGGCAUGGAAAUUCCCCUCAAAAUGAGCAGUCAGGAUCCAGUAACAGUUAAAGUAUUAUUGUAUUUUUUAAGCAGGAAGGAAAUCCUUCCCCAACAAAUUAAACCGGCACAGUGAAGGUUGCUUGGAAGACUAUAGCAUGUUAAGGCAUAGAAAAAUGUAUUAUGCACAUAUGCAGUGAACCCAUGUGUUGUUUUCAGUCAAAUCUGGAAAAGCAGGCAGUCAUGGAUGUAGCAUACUAUAAUCUACUUGUUAAAGGGCUCUAUAGCAAAAGUAGGGUUUGUGCAUACAUGGAAUAUCACAUCGAGCCUGUUCUCAUUAAACCAGGCUAUCUACAGUGUAAUCAGAAUGACUUUGUAUUUAGGUACUUACAAGUUAGCUUGUCCAGACUGAUUAAUAUAAUCCUCACAUUUUGCUGUGCAACAUACAGAUAAACAUGUUUGUCAGUGAUCUCAGCAGGAAUGCUGGGAAAUGUUCACAGGAGACACACACACACAAAAAGAUGUUCCUCUCUCAUUGGUCAUAGUCACUUUCUUGUAAUUCAUGGCUAUCCAGUGUACAUAAUCUUAUGCAAAUCCAUGUGUGAGAGUAGGUGGCUAAACAGAUUAAUCCAGAUGUGAUUGUUAAUUGUCACUUUCUGCCAGUGAUUUGAUUUAUUGUAGAUAUUCGAGGUUCUAAAAAUGUAAAAGGGAAACUGAUUCAGCCAACAACAGCAUGUAAAUCUGACACCAAGGCAGAAGUUCACGGACUGAAAUGUACUUUUACCUCCAAACCUCAAACAAGUGGUUCAGUCUGCACAACAUAUCUAGUGAAAGUUUGUCUCGGUCAUUUCCGACUGGGUGUUCAGUGUACAGUUUAACGAAGAGCAGCCGCUUGUUGCUUUACAUUGUUGUAUCUGCCUGGAAACCCGCAACAAUGAGCUUAAGACUGCAUAGAGCUACAAACCAGGAGGCUGAUCUCUGCUGUGUUGGCACUCUACAGUUUUUUCACAUAACCAUUCAUGAAUAUGAAAACAUAUCCCAUGCCUUACGUGCUUGGCAGGGAUUUCUUUUCCCAUUUGACACACUACUCUACUGCCCUCCAGUGGUUAGCAUUGAUAUCAAAUAUUUGAAAAAUCAUAAUCUAUUAGAGUGAGUGUUUCCUUGAUGAAGUGCAGAGCACUGAUUUGAUGGUUGUUGUUAGCCAUACGGUUACCAAAUAUGCAUUUACAGUUCUAAUGACAAAAUAUUUGCAGUAAUUAUAAAAUGAACACUUGAAACAUGAAUUAUUAAUUUUCCGUUGUGACUGUUAAUUAUAUCUUUGUGAAUAGUUACAUUUUUAAAUAUACUGUCUUAUAUUCACAGCAAGGAGUCCUUUUAUACCUUGAUGUAAUAAAGGAGUCAUCAGGUCAUCUCAAAUCACCCGAUUAAGAAAACAAACUGUAAACUCCUGCAGUUAUUGUAUCAAAAUUCAGGCCUUUUGCUGAUCAGUGGUGUCUAUAAUACAUGUUUUAAAAUGUCUUGUUCUUUUCGUGGUUGACAGAGAGAGUAGUAGAAAUGCACUUUAUUUGAAAGAAAAAAAAUCUUGAGUUGAUGAUAUUGUUUGUAAGUUACUAUCCUGUAUACAAUAUGGAUUCUACAAAUGAACACAAAAGUCUGAUAAGUAUAAAAACAUUCCACAUUUCUCUGUUCACUCGAAGUGUAUUUAGUUGUACCACUGCGGCAUUUUUGUUUGUGAUAGGUGUGAUCUAAAUGCAGACACCUGAAGUGCAGUACGUGGAAUAAAAUUCAGUUUUUGUUCCAAAA